UCCUUCAUUUGCUUCUGUUCAACCAAAGAGUUGAACUGUUGUUGUUCACGAGAAGUCAACUGGUCCAUUUUUGAGUGUGAUAGGGGAGAGAGGUGGAGAGAACAGGGGAAUUGGGGAGGCGACUGUGGUGAUUGUGGUGGAAUUGGUGGAGCUGGUGAAGAUGAAGGAAUUGCUUUGGAAGAGUUGAAGAAAUUUGCCUUUCGUUUCCGUUGCGGCGGAUGCGGAAAUCCGGGACGGAAAAACAGAGGAGGAAAAAAAGAAGAGGAAAAAACGAAGACGAGGUACAAUUGAUGAUACUGCUUCUUAUUGCUGUCGAUUCUUGGUGCAGUUGAUUCUUAUUCCUAUUGAUUAGUGGAUACUGGUGGUAGAUAAGAAUGGCGUUGUUAUCGUACUUAGAAAGAGCAGAGGCGCACUCUUCUCCGUUGGUCAAAAAGCUCUUUGGGAUCAUGCAAAGCAAGCAUUCCAACUUAUGUGCCUCCAUCGACGUCUCGACUACAAAGGAGUUUCUUGCAUUGAUCGAGCAGUUGGGACCGUAUAUUUGUUUGGUUAAGACUCACAUCGACAUCAUCAACGACUUCUCGUACGAGAAAACCAUUGCACCGCUAUUGGAGUUGAAGAAAAAACACAAUUUUUUAAUCUUUGAAGACCGGAAGUUUGCAGACAUCGGCAACACAGUGAAGCACCAGUACAAAGAUGGCAUCUACAAGAUCUCGUCGUGGGCAGAUAUCACCAACGCUCAUGGAGUCACUGGCGAGGGAAUCGUGAGAGGGUUGAAGGAAGCUGCAAAAGAAACAACGAGCGAGCCCAGGGGUCUUUUGAUGCUUGCAGAGUUGUCGUCGAAGGGCUCGUUGGCGAAGGGUGAGUACACCCAACAGACCAUCGCCAUUGCGAAAUCCGACAGGGAGUUCGUGAUCGGUUUCAUCGCCCAGAACUACAUCAACGGCUUCGACGAGGGCUUUGACUGGGUGCUUAUGACCCCCGGCGUGGGGUUGGACGACAAGGGCGACGCCCUCGGACAGCAGUACCGUCUGGUUGACGACGUCGUGUUCGGGGGCACUGAUAUCAUCAUUGUGGGCCGAGGCUUGUUUGGUAACGGCAGAGAUCCGGCUGUCGAGGGUGAGAGAUACCGUCGUGCUGGGUGGGAGGCAUACCGCGCCCGGAGUGCCCUUUCCGGCUAAGCAACCCGUGCUGCUGGCGUCGUUUUUUUGUUGGAGCGCUGGGAAUUGUUGGCCGCAUUCCGCGUGCUGAUUGGCCCGUACGAUCCAGCAGCAUUUUUCACGUACUCUGCUAUCUUAUAUAAUCUGUCCAUAUUCAUCCCAUCU